AUGCGAGGCGCCGUCUUAGCCUUCCCUGACCAGGAUCGCUCCCACACCUGUAGCGUUCGUGAUUGGCCUCGUCGAGUCAUGACUUCGCCCUCACGUGGGAGGAGAUCAUCCGCGCCCUCUAAGACAGAUCAUCCGCGCCGGAAUCCCCUAACUUCUUUCCAAUAUUUUGACGAUCCACCGGCACCAGAGAUUGUGAUAAGCAGCGGUUGGCCAGUUCCGUCUACUUUUCUUUCCAAACUUUUUCUAAAGUGCGAAAUAAACCUAUCAAUUGGGGGAUCAAUUUUCCACAUCAGUCUAAGUGGCGGAGAAUUCAAUUUCACCGGGUCCAUGUCGGAGAUAUCUAGCCUCUUCCAGGAGUACUCAAGUUGA